AUGGAUUACAAUGAUUAAAGCGUUGGGCUAUGCUAUUUUUGCGUGUUCUUUCGUUAUAAAUAGUAUACUUAUUUGAUGAUGAUAACAAAUGCCAUUUAAGGGAUAGUUUUAAUGGGAAUAGGAAUUUUAGGUCUAUUAGAAGAAGUGUAGUUGCUUGUAUUUUCAACACCAAUAACAUUGAGUUUUAUAUGUUUAGGUAGUUUGGUAGUGUUUGGACUCAUAUUAUAAUUGAUAUUCUUGAUGAGAAAUUCAGUCUUAUAUAUAGGGAGAAUGAUGGUAGUGGUAAAUAUUUUAACUUCUCUCUUUGAUUUAAGUUCAGGAAUAAUAUUAAUUUUAUCUUGUUUCAUGAAAUUAACUUUCAUAGAAUUCAAUGAUACACAGUAAUCUUUCAGCGAGACCUAAAGAACAAUUUUGUUAAUAAUUUCAAUACUAAUAAUUAUUGUAUCUUUAUAUGGAUUUUGGAUGACUUUUCUUCAAUACCAGACUAUUAUACCAUUAUAAGAGUAAUUGUAGUAAGAGUUCUAAGUUGUACCAGUAAUUUCAUUAAGACAAGCAGUUGCUAGAAAGUUAUCAAAGAAUUUCAUUGGAGAACUCACUCCUAAUGGGAAUGGGAGGAUGAAUAGACUAGCGAGAGGAGAUUCAACUUUAGAGCAGUCUCAACCUUUAUAAAGGAUGCAAUCAAAGCAAUUUAUGUAAAUUGAAUAAAAUGAGCCGUAUGCAAAUCAAAGAAGUGAAAAACUAAUAAAAGUUAAUGACAAUUUAGCUCCAUACAAUGAAUUUUAUACUAUUUCCAGCAAUACUAUGAGACAUCCUCAAUAAACAGAUGAAUUGCAAACUUUAAGAAAAUAAAAGACUCCAAGAGCUACUUAGAUUAAAUAAUAAUAAGAAAGUUGA